AGAGCCAGGGCUCAGUGUUCGAGUGUGGACUACAGGGGCUGGAGGAGGCGGCGAGGUGACCCCGGGCGCAGGUCUGGGGCGCGGGACUGGGAUUCGGGGCGCGGACCUCGGCGGGCCUGGUCGUUGCCCCGCCCGCCGCGCUCCGGCCCUUGUGGCCGCACCCAUCUGCGCCGACCCGGGGCCCCCGCCGGCCUCCCCUACCCCGUCGUCUCCCCGCGGCCCCUGGAAACGUUGAGUCGGCGUCAGAGGGAGCCGCGGAUGCUGACCUCGGGGUUUUCCUUUAGAGACUGCGGGACUCCAGGGUAACCAGCCAUGCAGCCACGGCCCCUGCCCCUUUGGGAGACCUCCAAACCGGAACUGGAGCCGCUGCCGAGUUUCUUACCUGUGCUUCUCCCUCUGACCUCUGACCUGGUAUCCCUGACACUGCGUGUUGCCAGCAGCCUAAGGAGGCCUCGUCAGAGAGGGUCAGGCCACGGCCGCCCGUGAGAGCUGGCGGGGCCGCCAACUAUGCCGUCCGAGUCACUGUGCUUGCGACCUCCGCAGCAGUCUGAAGGCAGAAUGCUUAAGGGACAGCUCCCGAGCACAGACAAAGACCUCGCACAGAGCUCCGGCACCGGGGCCCCAACCACCACCUGCUGUCAAGGCCCGGAGAAGAGCCCCGUACUUCCUUUCAGCAUUCCGGCCAAACUUAGCAGUGGGGACCCGCAAGCUAAGGCAAAACCCAUCACCCCACAUCCCCCUGCAAGGCCCAGGCUGGAGCGAGCCCUGUCGCUUGACGAUAAGGGCUGGAGGAGAAGGCAUUUUCAAGGCAGCCAUGAUGACCCGGAAGCUGGGAAUGAGGCUUGUCCCUCCAGGGCCUCCAAACAGAGACAGGCACCCCUAGCCCCUGCCCACAGUCCCUCCCCACCCUGCCUGAGCACCUCCUUGCAGGACAUCCCCAAGUGCCCCAGGGCCCCAAGCAGCGAAGGAGGGAGCCCGUCCCCUGGGGGUAGGUGUCUGUCUGGAGUGCUCAGCUGCUCCCUGGACCUCCUGCACAGAGAAGAGCUCUGCACUGAGGGCUCUCCCAGGCUGGCCAGCUUGCUUCCCCCACGCCCACCUCCUGCCAUGGACCUGGAUGUCACCUCCAAUUCACUGAGGACAGCGAACAAGGUUGACACUGACCAUGCUGACUAUAAGCGCCGCGUGCAGACCAGACUGGUACGCGCCCACAGCAGCCUGGGCCCUGGACGGCCACGGAGCCCCCUGGCCUGUGACAGUUGUUCCCUUCGCUCAGCCAACUCUGCCUUCAGUCUCCUGACGCCCAUUCGCACUAAGGACGUCCGCAGCAGGAGCUACCUGGAGGGGAGUCUCCUGGCCAGUGGGGCCCUGCUGGGGGCGGAAGAGCUGGCUCGCUACUUCCCAGACCGGAACAUGGCCCUCUUCGUGGCCACCUGGAACAUGCAAGGCCAGAAGGAGCUCCCGCCAAGCCUGGAUGAGUUCCUGCUUCCUGCGGAGGCAGACUACGCCCAAGACCUGUAUGUGGUCGGGGUGCAGGAGGGCUGCUCUGACAGGCGGGAGUGGGAGACUCGUCUGCAGGAGACACUGGGCCCCCACUAUGUGCUGCUGUCCUCGGCGGCCCAUGGGGUGCUCUAUAUGUCCCUUUUCCUCCGCCGGGACCUCAUCUGGUUCUGCUCAGAGGUGGAGUCCUCCACGGUGACCACACGCAUCGUGUCUCAGAUCAAAACCAAGGGGGCCCUGGGUGUCAGCUUCACCUUCUUCGGUACCUCCUUCCUGUUCAUCACCUCACACUUCACCUCUGGAGAUGGGAAGGUGGCAGAGCGGCUGCUGGACUACACCAGGACCGUGCAGGCCCUGACCCUGCCCAGGAAUGUGCCAGACACCAACCCCUACCGCUCCAGCGCAGCGGACGUCACCACCCGGUUUGAUGAGGUGUUCUGGUUUGGAGACUUCAACUUCCGCCUGAGUGGUGGGCGUGCGGCUGUGGAUACCCUCCUGCUGCAAGGUGCGGAGACAGAUGUGCCAACACUGCUGCAGCAUGACCAGCUUACCCGAGAGAUGAGGAAAGGGUCCAUCUUCAAGGGCUUCCAGGAGCCGGAUAUCCACUUCCUGCCGUCGUACAAGUUUGACAUUGGGAAGGACACCUACGACAGCACCUCCAAGCAGAGGACCCCUUCCUACACCGACCGGGUCCUGUACAGAAGCCGCCACAAGGGUGACAUCUGUCCGGUGAAGUAUUCUUCCUGCCCUGGGAUCAAGACUUCUGACCACCGCCCUGUGUACGGCCUGUUCCGGGUGAAAGUGCGGCCAGGGCGUGACAACAUCCCGCUGGCUGCUGGCAAGUUUGACCGAGAGCUGUACUUGAUAGGAAUUAAAAGGCGGAUUUCAAAAGAGAUUCAGAGACAGCAGGCACUGAAGAAUCAAAGCUCCAGCACCAUUUGCACUGUUUCCUGAAGCUUGCCUCACAAGGACUCAUCAGCUGCAACAUGGGAGAAGUUACUGGAAAUACAGAAGUGUUUGCCCCUGGGUGACCUCCCACCUUCAUUGGGACCCUCAGGAGCCAGGCCAUGCUGUCCCACUAUUUUCCAGGAAGCUCUGGGACAACAGUGGGGCUGUGGUGAGGCUGUGCUGUGCCCUGCCAUGUCAGUGUCCCACAAAGGAUGUGGCCCACACCCUGAGCACAUCCACCCAGCCAGGAUGCAUCCCCAGGGGUACGGGGAGCUUCGCUCUCAGAGCGGGCAGUUGCGGGGUCCCCCACCCCCUCCACCCCCUGCUUCCUGGUAGUUAGCAUAGCACUUCCCCUUGCUACCCUUUGCUCUUCCCUUCACCCAGGUCAGGUGUGUGUGGAUCAGCCUCCUCCUGACAGCCCCAACACAGCCCCCGAGAGCCAAGCCCUUCCUCCACAGGGUGCACCAUGCCAUAUAGGUAUCUGCAGAAAGGCUGGGACAGGUUAGGCCACCCCUGGGGCCUCGGACCCUUGGAGUGCCUGAGCACCCAGGUGACAAGCCACACCUCUGGCAUGGCAUAUACCCCAAUCUCUGCCAAUUCUCAAAUCAUCCACUUUCCCUCUCCCAUAUGAAAAUACAUCACAGUUCAGACCAUUUAUUUUGGUAAAAUCAGUCACAGAAUGAUGGAAUUGCCUAAAGUUAGAACGUACCCACUGGCCACCUGGCUAGGGAGCCACCACGUUUGGGUUCUUUUUUUCCUGGAGAAGGUUUAGAACUCAUCCUUGCUCUGUUUCUUAUUCCAUCUCUUGAAAGAAAAAUGUUGGCUUUGAAUGUGUGAAAAUCUAGGGACAUUCAAUCUAGUCUUUUAAAUUAUUUAUUUUUCCAUAUUUAUAUUUUUAAAUAAAUGCAUAUAUUGAAUCUAAUACUCUCUUUGGCCAAAAAGAAUCUAUAUGCAUACUCUAUUCUUGCAAUGUUAUUUUAGAAGACUAUAAAAUUCAAAGGCAAAAUGUUUGGCCUCAACUAACCACACACACUUUCUGAUUGGGCCAUUGAAGCCCUGUGACCUCAGUGCACUGGCCCAGAGCUCAGCAGUCACCAGAAAAGGAAGAAGUGAAUAUGUCAGACUUGUGUGAACUAUGGUGAGAUUAUGAAUAACUCCAAUGACUAAUGUGUUAAGACUUUUAUUAGUGUCAUCUUCCCAAAUGUGGAAGCAAUAUACACCCAACCUGUUCAUAUAAAAGGGAAUUCCAUUAACCAGAGGUCCCAGCCAGCCCCAUAGAACUACACAGAUGGGCUGUGUGCGUAAGAUUUUGUUCAAAUGAAUCAAUUCAAAGUCUCUUUGUUACAAAGAUUUUUGUAGUAAUGGGACGUGAAAUGAGUAUGACUUCAUGCAUCCUUUCUAACAUUUUUUCUGACCCAAACCAUAGGAAAGAGAGUUUAGUCUGACACUGGAGCACUUAUUCAGUUCAUUACUAAGAGCUUCAAGUCUUCGGAGGAUCUCCACCUGUGUCUAGCCAGACCAUGGUUCCAAAGUCAAGCUAUUUGGCUGACUAGAUGUUAGAUUUAAGGUGAAUGGAAUUUCACUUGGCAAGUUAAAAAUUGAAAUUAAUGAAGUUGGCCAAUAUUGAUGGAAAAUAAGCUUCAUAAAGAGUUGUGAAA